AUAGAGUGUCUGUAGAGAUGCACAACAUCUGUUUUUGUGUCACAGGACCUGAGAGAAGCCCUUGGGAAAACUUUGUGCGCAGUGUUGGGCAUUAUGGAUGAAUCGGAGCAGCAGGUGAAUGUGGGUGUCUCCAGGGCUGAUCUGGGCUCAGUGCAGUGUGAGUCUGCAGGAUCCAGAGCCUCCACUAGGGGCAGCCUGCGCUUCGGGACGCUCAGCCAUCACUCCUUCUUCUCCAGACACAACCCACACCCACACAGAGUCCGACACAUGCAGGGGCUGAAUGGUAAACUGGUGUGUAUGGUAAAUGAUGACUGGUUCGGCUUCACUCCGCUGUGUCCACAUCCACUCAUUAAGAGUCAGGUGUCAGUCAGCGGGAGCCGUUCUGCAUUUUUCACACCUGAGAUCAGCUCUGACCGAUCCGGACCACGAGCAGCGCUGAUUUCUGAAAGCUGGCGUGAGGAACUGAAGGAUUUGGCUACUAAAAUCAAACUUUCAGCUGCGGCUGAGACUCAACAUGACAAGAGGGAGCCACAGAAGCGUGCGGAUGAUGAAGCUCCGCGCAGGAAGACUCAGUAUUCAUCUCAGUCCGGCCGGAUCAUCCCAUCUUCAUCAUGGGGAGGAAAGAAGCGCAGCAGGACAUCCCACCGGCGGACGGCAACACACACACACGUGCUGGAGGGGCUGGAGCUCAAGGUGCUGGAGCUCUUGUGUCAGAUCCUGCAAACUGAUUCGCUCUCCAUGGUCCAGCAGUGGCUUUUAUUGGCCAGUGACAAAGAGAAGGAGCUGGUUCAGGGUUUACUGAAGCAGGCGGUGAGCGACUGCUCUUCUCUGAGCCUCCAAACAUCUGCAGAUCCACUGAACACUGAACAUCUGCUGCUGGAGCCGGCCGGCAGAGCCCACAGGAGCAGUUUGCGCCACUCAGAGACCUUACCAGAGGAACCAGAGCGGAUCGGAGAGGCUGAAGUCCUCACACUCUACCCAGAAAACACAUAAUGAAGACCACAUCAUCAUCAUCAUCCUCAACAACACAGCAUCUGUAAUGCAAAGU